AUGCAGAAGAAAGUGGACGAAGUUUUGGAUCAAUAUUUGGCGGCUGGGCUUAUUCAGCAUCCCACCUCUCCUUGGGCCUCUCCUUUAGUGGUCAUCCCCAAGAAGGAUGGCUCGGUUCGCAUCACCGUCAACUACAAGCGCCUUAAUGCACUGGUGGAUUUAGACGGACAGCCUCUUCUGCGCGUGGACGGCAUUGUGAACUCUUUGUACACAGGGGGGAGCCCUUCGUGGUUCGUGAAGGUCAUCAAGCGUGUGGUGCAAGGUCUGGACCGCGUCGUGGCGUAUUUGGACGAUGUUACUUGCUUUGACGAGGAACCUUUGGAGCAUGUGCGUAACAUGAUUGAGUUUUUCAAAAGCCUACGACAGUACAAACCUCAAGCUGUCUCCAGGGAAGGCCGUGUCGGAGUUAGUCACGCCAAUUUCCUGGGCCACACCAUCUCCCAAGCCGGCGUUAGUCCGGAUGGUGACAAGGUCCGGGCGCUCACGAAGAUGCCACCGCCGGCGAAUGUCAAGCAACUUCGGAGUCUCCUAGGUGGACCGCUCAACGCCCUUCUUAAACAAGGCGUUCAGUGUAAGUACACCUCGAGCAUGGUCACGACGGUUAAAUCCCUUCUCCACGACGUUUUCCUCCCCUCGAUUUUGGUUUUCCCUGAUUGGGAUGCGGUUGAAGACAACAGUCGCCCUCUCCGUUUGUGCUCAGAUGCCUGUAUAGACGGGUUUGGCGCUACUCUAGAGCAAGAACAGCAGUUGGAUGGCACUGUGCGGCCUAUUGUGUACAUUAGCCGCGCUACUGUCCCUGCCGAACGCAAUUGGACCGUUUUGGAUUUGGAGGCUAGUAGCAUUGUCUGGGCUACUAAACGGCUUCGCGGAUACCUUUGGUCGACCAAGAUUGUCAUUCAUUCCGAUCACAAGGCUUUGAAAAGCAUUGGCAAGGUUGACGAACACAAUGCUCGUGUGCAACGUUGGUUGGAGUUUUUGUCCAACUUCACAUACACUUUGGAGUACAGGAAAGGUUCGGCGAAUGGCAAUGCGGAUUUCAUUUCGCGACUGCCGUUGCCAGCGAGAGAGGAGGACAAGACCGGUCCUGACAGCAUCGACGACGACCAAGACAGCUGGGACUACUACCCGCUGGUCUGGGACUCCCGCGACGCCUACAUCGGCGCCUUCGUCAUGCUUCGGUACCGCCGGUGA